AUGUGUAAUCAUUUAAGAACACAUACAGGGGAAAGACCAUACGCUUGCAAUGUUAAUGGUUGUGGCAAAAAAUUCUCAAGGCCUGAUUCUUUAACAACCCACAAAAAAACCCAUUCAAACCAUCGGCCAUAUGUUUGUCAACAUAAAGGUUGUAGUAAAGCAUAUUAUCACUCGAGAUCUCUUCGUAAACAUGAAAAAUCUCAUGAAACGCCACGCACAUUACAUCCUUUACCAACUCCUGUUCAUCCUCGUACUGCCACUCCUCCAACUCAAAAUAAUGGUGGUCCUCUUUUAUUACAUGGAGAUCCCAAAUAA